GAGUGGCUGCACGCAAGACAACGGUCUCAGUGCCCGGCGGAAACCAACUGACUCGCUGACCCUCUGCUCCGCUGAUCUGAAACACUGAAGAGAAUGCAGGAGGAUGGCAAGGUUGUUGACGGCAGUCUCCUGGGCGAUGCCAACGGGAUGGAGCCGGUGCCAGGGCGACAGAAGAACUCUGGGAAAUGGCAGCGGCCGCGCUUCACCCGCAAGGCCCUGAUGAGGUGCUGCCUGGUGAAAUGGAUCCUGUCCACCACCACGCCACAGGGACAAGACAGCAGUGACAGCGAUCUGGAGCUGUCCACGGUGCGACACCAACCCGAGGGUUUGGACCAACUGCAGUCUCAGACCAAGUUCACCAAGAAGGAGCUGCAGUCCCUCUACCGGGGCUUCAAGAAUGAGUGCCCCAGCGGUUUGGUUGAUGAGGAGACCUUCAAGACCAUCUAUUCUCAGUUCUUCCCCCAGGGAGAUGCCACCACAUAUGCUCACUUCCUCUUCAACGCUUUCGACCAGGACAGAAACGGCUCUAUUCGUUUUGAGGACUUUGUGAUUGGACUAUCUGUACUGCUCAGGGGGUCUGUGACUGAGAAGCUCAACUGGGCCUUCAACCUCUAUGACAUCAACAAGGAUGGCUACAUCACAAAAGAGGAGAUGUUGCUCAUCAUGCAGUCCAUCUAUGACAUGAUGGGCCGGUACACUUACCCCAUGGUGCGAGAUGAAGCACCUUCCGAACAUGUGGAAAAGUUCUUCCAGAAAAUGGACAGGAAUCGAGACGGGGUGGUGACAAUCGAUGAGUUUAUCGAGACCUGUCAGAAGGAUGAGAACAUCAUGAGCUCCAUGCAGCUGUUUGAGAACGUCAUUUAGAACCAAACAAAUGUAACGGAACAUUUGCACCAAUCCACUUUGUCCCUGAACCCAGACCAUCCACGGAGCACCACUUCCCUGGACCACCCACCUCUAUAGUCACUUAAGAACACACACACACACACACACACACACACACACACACACACACACAGAAGACAAAUACAUUCUAGUAGAGGAUGUGGAACAAACCACAUACAGCAUAUACAGUAUGUAGAUACUCAGAAAAAGACUCUUCUAUUUCUACGGUUUAAAAAAGAAGUCACAGAAGGACCAAGAUGGACACUGAGAGAGAGAGAGUGAGAGAGAGAGAGAGAGAGUGUGUGUGUGUGUGUGUGUGUGUGUGUGAGAGAGAGAGAGUCCACACUCAGACCUGCAUUCAUCUUCUCAUCCCCCCCUGAAACAGGUCUUCUGCUGCUGAGUUUAGUCUCUCGGUGUGUAUGUGUGUGUUUAUGUGUGUGUGAGAGAGAAAGAGAUAGAGAGUGUGUGUGCGUUCGUGUGUGUGUUUGAGAGAGAGAGUCCACACUCAGACCUGCAGUCAUCUUCUCAUCCUCCCCUGAAACAGGUCUUCCGCUGCUGAGUUUAGUCUCUCUGUGUGUGUAUGUGUGUGUUUGUGUGUAUGAGAGAGAAAGAGAUAGAGAGAGAGUGUGUGUGUGUGUGUGUGUGUGUGUGUGUGUGUGUGUGUGUGUGUGUGUGUGUGUGUGUGUGUGUGUGUGUGUGUGUGUGUGUGUGUGUGUGUGUGUGUGUGUUUGUGUGUGUGUG